GGAUACGACUCGCUAGAGCCCCCCCGCCCACAGGUUCCCGUGGUCGAGGCCUGCUAACAAUUCGAGUUCGAUUUCGUGUUUACGUUUACGAUAUAAGUCGCCCGCUAAACCAGUGAAAUCGGGCUCUCGUAUCGCUUCGAGUUCGUGCUUGCGCAUGCGCAGAGACUCAAAAGUGGUAUACGCUAAGGUGCUUCUCGCGAUAUGAAAACUAUUUUGGUUCUGGAGCAAGAGCACAGUGUGUGGCCUUUGCGAUUUAUGAAACUGUUUCUGACUUCCACUAUUGUAAUGUAUGGCGCUGUUAAUUGAAGUCCUGAAAAUCUGUCUAGAAACGAGUGGAAAAUUAGAAAGUGAAUUUUUUUGUAAAUGAAAUAGGCCUAACCAAAUGUUUGAGGAAGUGUUGUUGCAACAAAAUAUGACACACAUAUUAAAAUGAAUGAUAUAUUUUAUUGUCAGUCAGGAUAGUACAGUUUUACAAUAUGGGGUUGCAAAGUAUCAAAUUUCAAGUAUGAGAUGUCAUGCUUUUUUGAACAAUGGACCAUCUAAUGAACUGUAUUGUGUAAUGGAAAAUUGUAUAUAUGUUACUAUUGAUAUUUUGAGUGGUGGAUCAUUGUGUGAAUGAGACCUCUUAUUUAUAUGUUUUAUUGUUAAGAACUAGCCUUGAAUAAAGAAAAUGGCUAAUCAGGUUGUUUUAGAAUUGGAACAAGCAUCACAAGUUUUGUUGGCACCCCCAAUGCUAGUAUCAUCAGAACAGCGACAUGCUGCUGAAGCAGUAUUUUUGAAUUUCAGAAAAUCAAAAUCUCCAUAUGCAUUAUGCAGACAUAUUUUGGAAUCAAGUUCAGUGGAUUAUGUUUUAUUUGAAGCUGCUGGUCUCUUGAAGGAAGCAUUGAUUAGAGAGUGGUCUCUUAUGCAAGAAGAUGAUAUUAAAUCAUUGAGAGCCUAUUUAUUGCAAUAUAUUAUGCAUAAGGAAUUACCACGUUUUGUUCAAGAAAGAAUUUUACAGGUUAUUGCUAUAAUGGUUAAAAGAGGAAGUGUGGAAGACUUUGGUGUUGAACGAGAAAAGAUAUUAUCUGAAGUAGAGCAGCUGAUUUUAAAUGGAAAUUUCACUCAUCAAAUAUUGGGUUGCAAUAUAAUAUCUGCUAUAAUACAAGAAUAUGCUACCACAGUGAAGUCAUCAGAUGUUGGAUUGACUUGGGAAGUUCAUUUUCAGGCCAAAAAGCAGUUUGAGGUUCACUGGAAAGUUCGUGAGAAUCCUGGAUUGGCUCAUCACACAAUGAAUUGUUUAGUACAGCUUGCAUCAUUGAAUGGCAAUGUUUUUGCAUCUAAAGAGGUUCGCUUGCAGUAUCUUGCAAAUUAUAUAAGAAGUUUUCUUAAUCUUGUCUCAAGCAUUAAUGUAUUAGACCGAGAGGCUUUGGGGAUAUCCAAUAUGGUACGGAGACUGCUAAUAACUUUCCCACCAUCAUUAUUGGUGUCUCUCUCUAGUGAACUGCUGCAGUCAUUCUUAAGCCAAUUGACAGACUUGACCUGCCACUUUGCUGAAGGUGCUGCUCAAGAAGAAUCGGCCUAUGCAGAAGAUAGAUUAUACAUGGAAGCUUUUGAUCAUAUGCUGGAAGCAUGGAUAAACAUUUUGCAAGAUUCACAAUCUUUUACUCGAGAUUUUUGUAAAGAAUCAUCAAUACGUGUGUUUAAUACUUACCUGAAGUGUCAUCUUUCACCACCAGAUGGAACUCGGGGACAGGAUCAAGAAUUGGAUAGUGAAGAUAUUGAUGAAAUAGAAGAAGAUGAUCGUACUAGAUUUAAAGAACAGUUGCAGGUUAUCGGUUCUUUUGGGAGACAAAUGUUGUCACAUUCUGUGCCUCUUCUUGCUCGUCUUCUUGAAGAUAGAGUGCGUCGUUUGAGAGAACAUUUGCAGACUAUGCAUACACAAGCACUCAAUAUCUCUAACACAAGUGCAUUGGAUUGCCUGUUUGAAGAUAUUCAUUGGCUCAUUCUCAUUGCAGGAAACACUAUAGCAAUGGAUAGUGAAGGAGAGACAGCUCUUAUUCCUGCAGAAGUGAUGCUUUAUAGCAUAGAACAGGGCAAAUCUGGGCAUAUGGAUAUAAAUACUACGCUGAAAGUUCUUGGAUCCCCAGGAAUGCAGUUACAAGAAAUACCUGGAGCAGAUGAAAGUUCAGAUCAUAUUGUUAGGUUGGUAUCUGCAGUUUUCCGACUCUGUGAAGUGCAGAAUUAUGCUAUGGAAGCCAAACUGUCACGCAUGUUAAGUCCUGAACUGUGCUGCUCUAUGAGUAUGGCCCUUGUGUCAGCUUUUGGUAAGGAUUCGGAAGGUGCCACGUGGACAAUGAACUUCUUGAUGAAUACUAUUGAACAGAAUUUACAACACUUUUCCUCAGAACCUGCUCUUAUUAAAGACACUGUUCUACUACUUCUUGCUCUUGUGGAUGUGAAAGAAAAGGGGCAGUGUAUGCUGAAAACUAAAGCAUUUUGGAAUAUUCUUCAGAAUCAUGCAAGUACUGAUAAAAGCCUUUUGCCUCAGGCAGCUAAACGAGGUUUAUUUAAAGCCUUUGUUUUAGCAGGUGCAGCUGUCGAAGAUGCUGGUAAUCGUUCUGAUUAUUGGGUGCAGGUUCUGAAGCCUCUGCAAGAGAGAUUUAAGGGAAUAAUAUGCAAAGAAAAUUUCAAUCGUAUCUUCCAUGAAGAAAAUGUGAAAUUGGAAUUGAUUGAUAUUUUGGAAUCUUUUAUUGGAGUGGCUCAGGGUUCACAAGUGACAACCGUGCAGUCUCUUUUCCAGUUUCUUCAUCCAAUGCUAUGUGAAUUUUCAACAUUGGUCAAUGUUUAUCACAAUUAUCAACAAAUUGUGGAGUUAAUACUGGAGUUGUAUUGUGAAUGUGCUCGUGGUAUGCUGUGUUACUUAACUCAGGUGGAUAGCCAAAGAAUUUAUGAAUCUUGUCUGCAAACAAUACAGGCAUAUGCACGAAGUAAUACAGGACGGGUCAGUCAAGAGUCUUCAGCAGAAGAAGAGAGUUAUCGAGACAUUCUUCUCCUUAUGGAAUUAUUGACCAACCUCUUGUCAAAAGAUUUCAUUGACUUAAGCCCUCUAGAUGCAUCAAAUGAGACUGAAAGCACAGUUACUGCUGCUGAUGUGUGCCUUUAUGGACUGAAUAUCAUCAUGCCUUUAAUGACAGUGGAUUUAUUAAAAUUUCCAUCCCUUUGUCUACAAUAUUUUAAAAUGGUUACUUUUGUUUGUGAAAUAUAUCCACAGAAAGUUGCAUCCUUACCCAAUGAAAUGAUUAAAGUACUGCUUGGGUCCAUUGAAUUGGGCAUUACCCAGUUUGGCCAAGAUAUAAUAAUUUUAUGUUAUGAUUUUCUGCAAGCACUUGGAACUCAUAUUUAUUCUGCUAGCCUGCAAAAUACACCCAUUUAUGAACAGUUAAAACCAUUUUUGAAGAUAAUAAUGAAUCUACUUCUCACACAGCAAGUUAAUUCUGAUAUAUUGUCCAGCACUGGUGCAACGUUAUAUAUUUUAAUCUGCUGUUACCAGGAUGAUUAUAAGGAAUAUGUUCAAAAUCUAUUGUUGCAACAAGAAGAUCAAGUUGCUGCAGAACGUUUAGCUAAGGCUUUUACCUCAUUGACUGCAGGAGUUGUAUUGAACACAGAGCGUCAGCAAAAAACAAAAUUUCGAGAAAACUUUGAGAAGUUUAUUGAACUGAUUUAUUAA